CAUUUAACAGUAUUCCAUGAACAAUGACAGUUGGGCUGUCUGAGGCCUGAACGAAACCGAGGUUUGAGAACUGCUCUGAUUUCGUUCAACAGGAAUACGUUUUUUUGGUUUUCUGUAGUUCUCCUGGACAAACGUCUGUGAGGAUGUAACCCGGUCCGGACCCUUAGCAUGUCUCUGAACGUGAAGGCAGCCGGGGACACUUCAGCCACACCACAGCUAAACUACGCUCAACCCUCUGGAACCAGGUGGCGUUGCUUUUUAACUCGGACCACGAUUGCGGGCGCGGAAUGUAUGCUGAUGAUGACUGCUGCUGGCGACUGAAGCGAGAAACGAGAGUGGAGACGCUGCACGGUCCUGCUCUGGUGAAUAGCCACAAAUUACUCUCCUGCAAUUCUUGAGGUGGAAGGAAGCCGUCCAAGACUCAGCAAUGGAUGUGUUUGGUGGCGCGCCACGUUUCUUAGCCUACCCGAGACCUGUAUUAGUACAAAGUGGAACAGAUGCAGUCUUAAAGUGUCAAAUAGGAGGUGAUCCAAGACCUGCCGUCAUAUGGGAGAGAAAUAAUGAAAAGAUUGACCCUCAAGGACGAUACAGGGUAUUUGAAGAUGGCAAUGUUUACAACCUUAUCAUUUCAGCUGUCACUAUUGAGGAUAGUGGCCAAUACAUAUGCAAAGCAAAGAACUGCAUCGGGGAAACGUAUGCAGCUGCCACACUGAAAGUCGAAGGUGAGGCACAAGAAAUGGAGCUUAGGGAAGAAAACAAGCCACGAUUCCUCAUCAAGCCCCUCUCCACUCGUGUUGGUCGUGGAGAUGAUGCUGUCUUUUCCUGCAAGCUUUGGGGAAACCCACGACCAGAGGUAGUCUGGGAAAAGGACGGUAGAAAACUCAACGAAAUUUUCGAGAGCACACAUUUCAGUGUGGGCCACCAGGAUGGUGGGUGGUUUCAGCUUAAAAUUUUCAAGUGCCGCGCUCCAGAUGGUGGUGUGUACACGUGCAAAGCUAGGAAUGAGUUCGGAGAAGCCCUAGCAGGAGCUGUGCUGCUUGUGGACGCAGGCCCAGGCCAUGAAGAUGAGGGAAACCGCAAYGGCUACACAAACAGUCACUGGAAAAUCCACCAGGGAAAACAAAGGACUGGCAGACAAGUACCUAACCGACUAAAAGGCGACUCCAUGACCAAGUCAACGAAAGUGAAAAUGUUUGCAGUGACUGAAGGAAAGCAUGCCAAAUUCCGCUGCUUUGUGACUGGUAAACCAAAACCAGAAAUAAUCUGGAGGAAAGAUGGUAGACUUAUACUUUCAGGAAGGCGUUACUUGUUAUACGAGGACAGAGAUGGGUACUUCACACUAAAAGUUCUCUACUGUAAACAAAAGGACAACGGGGUUUAUGUCUGUGCUGCAUCCAAUACUGCAGGACAAACCCUCAGUGCUGUACACCUUUCUGUCAAAGAGCCGCCUGUGCGGUUUAAGCAGCCUCUCUAUGAUCUGGAAGUCUGGGAACGAGAUUUAGCUGUUCUUGAGUGUGAAGUUCCAGAAGACUCCGUUCCAAUUACGUGGUAUCUGGAAGACAGACGACUGCAGCCAGGGGCCAAGUAUGGAAUGGAGGAAUGGGGGACAAAACGACGACUAACAAUCCGUGACAUUGGAGUUGAUGAUGAUGGAAUUUACCUCUGUGAGAUGCCUGAUGGAGGCAGAAGCAUAGCAGAGGUAGCUGUUAAAGGUACAAUUUUGCGGAAGCUUCCAAGAAAAGUGGAUGUCUUGGAAGGUGAAAAUGCUGCCUUUUGUGUUGAAGUAGAAAAAGAAGAGAUGGACAUCCAUUGGUACAAAGAUGGCACAGAGUUGCGUGAAACUCAUCAGACCAUUAUUAAGUCCUUUGGUCGAACUCACAUCCUGGUUUUUGUCAACACAAUGCCCCAAGACUCUGGACAGGUCACUUUUCUUGUGGGCAGAUCCAAGACGUCCUGUCAGUUAAGAGUGAAAUCUGCUAGACAUUGUCCUCCUAGCUGUCCUGUGGGAGUGCAGAUCAACACAGAACGUGCUAACGCCGCUCUUCUCUCCUGGAUUCCUGCUCCUGACUCACGAAAGAACCCUCCAUCUGGAUAUGUGCUCGAACGACAAGAAGUAGGCACCGGUUCACAGGAGUGGCUCCAGUGUCUGACCACUGACUCUGCAACUUCUGUGGAGAUCCUUGGUGACAGCGUCCCAUGUGAAGCCGAUUAUCGCUUUCGCAUUUGCAGUGUAAACAAAUAUGGAAAAAGCAACAAUGUUGAGUUUCCGAGAACUGUUCACUUAGUUCCUGUGGCCAGAAUACAAGCUCCUUUACAAGAUGCCUUGGUGCCAGAGGGACAGGAUGCCCUUUUCACUAUUGAACUCUCUGCUUCAGUUAUUGGUACCUGGUUUUUAAAUGGGACCCAGCUUCAAGAAGAUGAGCGCUAUUCCAUUCGUAGGUCGAGAACCCACCAAUCUCUUCGUAUUCGAGGAGUGCGAGACACAGACAAUGGAGCCGAGAUUACAUUUAUUGCCUAUGGCAUCCGAGAUUCUGCAGCCCUCUACAUCCAAGCUCCUCUGGUUAAGUUUCUACCACUGUCGGAAAUGGAUCGCAACAAAUUUGUAGAAUUCGAGAAUCCAAUUGUUCUCUACUGCGAGAUCUCUGACCCUGCAGCUCCAGUGCAUUGGUACAAGAAUGGGUUAGAACUACACACAGUGGAAGGUCUUCAUAUCCAAUCAGAAGGCACAAUGAGAAGGAUUGUCAUCCAAUCAGCAGACUUCUCACAUUCAGGGGUCUACUGUUGUGAUGCCAUUGACGAUGUCAUCAGGUUCAACGUAGAAGUAGAACCCCCACCUGUGAGGUUUUCAGCAAUUCCAGAUGCAGCGAGGAACAAAACCAUCCAAACUGGCUGCCCAAUUGUUUUACAAUGUGAGCUGUCAGAUUCCUCUGCCCAGGUGCACUGGUACAAAGAUGGCACAAAGCUCCACCCUCAAAGUGGCAUAGAUAUUAUAACUGAUGUCUUUGUGAGGAAACUGAUUGUCCAUUCAGCAGAAGUGGCCCACUCUGGCUUGUACUGCUGCAGGACAAAGGGUGACUCCAUCACGUUCAGUGUGGACAUCAAAGCUCCACCUAUGAAGUUCUCAUCUGUUCCUGAAGACAUGAAGAUCCAGUUGAUCGAAGCUGGCCGUCCUGUAGCGCUCUGUUGUGAGGUCUUGAACUCUGAAGCCCAGGUUUGCUGGUACAAGGACGGAACACAGCUCAUGUCAAACUCUGAAUUAGAAAUCCACUCAGUGGGCAACACAAGGACAUUAGUUGUUCAGUCUGCAGAGCUGUGCCACUCUGGUUUGUACAGAUGCACCACGCAGGACGAUAAUGUGGAAUUUCAAGUGGAGAUCAAAGCUCUACCUGUGACAUAUUCUACCAUCUUUGACACUGAGAGAGCCGAGUCACUUGAAGAGGGCAAACCUUUGGGGCUCGAGUGUCAGGUUGCAGACUCCACUGUCCCUGUUUGCCGGUAUAAAGAUGACAAAAAGCUCUGCCCACCAGAGGGUUGGGAUAUAAAGAAUGAUGGUGCAUCAGUGAUACACGUUACCCCAUCUGCUGAGCUCAUUCAGCCAGAGCUUUACAGUUGUGAAAACUCUGAUGAAAAUACCCACUUCUCUGAGACUAUUAAAGCUUCAACACAUUCGCCUUCACCGGAGGUUGUGGAAAUGCAGUCACUUGAAGCAAGCUGCCCAUCUGAACCGGCUGAAGAAACUUCCGACCCUGCUUCCCAGGUGUCACAGCAGAGAGAAUCAGAGUCCGAUUCAAAUAGAGAAUUUGAUCUUGAACCAGGAGAUAUCAAGGAGACUCUUGUUAUUGAACCAGCCCAUCCUUCAAACUCUGGAUCAUACUAUUGUGCAACAGCAGAUGAUGUUGCCAAAAUAUUAGUGAAACAUCAAGAGCCACCUCCAACAAAUCAGCUUGAGCCUGACAAGAAGACCAAGUCACCUGAAACACACUGCCAAAUUGUUCAGCAGUUUGAGAUUUCAGAUCCCGUUGCAAAAGCUUGUUGGUACAAAGAUGGAACCCCGAUAUUUCCAAAACGAGAAGCUGACAAUACAGAAGACAGCCAAAUCUCGCCCCUCCAGUCAACAUCCUUGUCUGGUGAUGGCAGGUUUAGCUGUAAUCCAUCGAAUGAUGCAGAGUUACAUGACAACAUAAAAGCCGGACAGUGUCACUAUCGUGAUGAGAUUGAUGAGGUAGCUGAUGCAUCAGCCCAAUUCACUGUGGAUGUCAAAGCUACAUCACCAAGAUACUCCCCUGACCAACAACGGAUGGAGACCACAGAAGAGGCUCACUCUGAUCAAGCUKUCCAGAAGUCCUCAAAGUGCUAUUCUGACAUCUUUACUGACAACGAGGGAAAUAUGUSCAAAAACCAUGCUGAGGAUAUGAUAACCCUUCAAUCAGCUAUACAUUUUGCCUCUGAUUGUUCUGCAAAGGAUCAGCUGAAGGAGUUCCAUGAAUACCAACAAACAACAAAUGCCCAACCUCUACAGUUCUCUCACUCUGUUGAACCUGCAAUGAUUCUAUCCAACAUACAAGAUCACACUAAACAGACCAUGAAGUCAAAAGGUGAGGAAAUAAUUUCCAGUACAGAGUAUGAAGAAGCCCCAUCAGAAGAACUUCAUGAUUGCUUGGAGAGAGUUGGACAAAAAGAGGAGCGCAAUAAUUCUUUACAAACUGCAACAGGAUCUGAAGAAUUCCCUUCCAAGGUACUAAGUGUUCAACCAGAGCAGGUACAAAACAAGAUCCCAACUGUGCAGUCAAAACCAGGUAACCUUCAACAGACAUCCAAUACUAGACCUGAGCAAAACUUUAACUCUGUCGAGAUUUCAUCACUCCAACCAAACAAGUUUUGUAAAUUAGAUAAGCCUUUUGAAUCCAAACAUACUGCUACUGUGCAAUCAGAGGGCCCAUGUAGGUCCUCUCAGACGUCAGCUGCCCACUCAGGGAUGUUUCCAGAUUGUUCAGAGUCUGGCAGUGUCCUCUCAGUGAGGUCUUGUAAGUCUCUAAGGAUGGCUACUGACGAUUCAGAAGACAUAAACAUGCCUUUGCACAAAUCAUCUGUUCUGGCCGAGAAGUUUUGUGGCUUUACCAGUUCUGSUUCACUGGACUUGUCUAAGACUGCGGAAAUAGAAACGAUCCAAACAGAACAUCUUAACUUGUCUACGUUUGUCCAACGGGAUAUUUAUAAUGCAGGACAAAAAGGAUCUAAUGUUUCAGUGCCGCUACAUAUAUUGACACAGGAAGCAUCUGGUCCAGAAGAGUGUCUUCACACCAUAGAAACUGUGCACGACCAAGAGGACAGCUCUGUCCACUGUGGGCAAAGAUCAUCUACUACCUUUGCACAGUUUUACCACACCAAGAGGACACCUGCAGCGCAAUCAAAUGAGAUGUAUCUGUCGAGUACAAGUGACAGUCAUUGGAGUGACAGUGUCAAUGCAAAUAAGGUGGCUGUUGAAGCAUCCCCAACCACACCUGUGAGAAUAACACCUCUUCAGGAAGCUGAGAAGAACAAGUCUGUGGAAGUUGGUAAACCGUUAAUGCUACAAUGUGAGAUAUCAGAUCCAAAUGCUCAAGUAACCUGGUUGAAGGACGGAAUGACACUUCCUGAAGCCGCUGAACUCGAGAUACGGGAAGAUGGCUCGAGACGAAUCCUUGCUGUCCAGUCAGCGAUGCUGUCUCAUGCAGGGACUUACAGCUGCAAGACAGCAAACGAUGCCGUGCAGUUUCAAGUGGAGGUCAAAGGGGACUCAAACCAUUUCUCUCCUCCUCUGACAUUUUCAGCUGUAUAUGAGGCUGACCAAAACAAGACAGUAAUGGCUGGCUCUCCCAUAGCUCUGCAGUGUGAGCUGUCAGAUCAGAAUGGACAAGAAGUGAGUAGACACAACGAUGGACCAGAGCUCCUGCCAGGAAAUGAAACAGGGUUCCAAUCCCAGGAGAAUCUGAGAAGUCUGGAGGUGCCAUCCACUGAACAAACUCACACUGAUGUGUGCAGCUGUGAGUCAAAGGAUGAUGACGUUGAGAUCUCUGUGGACGUAAAAGCACUGCCUGUGAAGUUCUCAGAGCUCCAAGAAAAUGAGAGGAACAAGUUCAUCGUGGAAGGCAAGCCUUUUGUGCUCAGCUGUGAACUCUCUCAUGAGCCUUCAACUCAUGUUGAUUGGUAUAAGGAUGGCAUCAAACUCCUGCCUCAGAACAAUGUGGAGAUGCAGUCAGACGGGCUGGCAAGAAAGUUACUCAUCCCCUCAGCAGAAAGCAAGCAUGCUGGCAUCUAUGAAUGCUCAACCCCAGAUGACACUGUCACCUUUAAGGUGGACAUAAAAGGCCAAUCACCAAAGAUCAUGCCAAUGCCAGUUGCAGAAAAAUACAAGAUUAUUAGAAUUGGCCUUCCAAUUAUCCUGCAGUGUCAGGUCUCAGACCCUACUGCCCAAGUGUCCUGGUUCAAAGAUAGAAUGGAGCUUUUUUCAAAAACAGGCCUUGAUAUGAAAAGAGAUGGCACCCUCAGAAAAUUAAUCAUUCAUUCGGCUAAAGCCUCUGAUUCUGGCCUCUACAGCUGUAGCCUUGCUGGUGAAGUUGUGACCUUUCAUGUGGACGUUGAAGCUACCCCUGUGAGGUUUUUGGUUCUGCCAGAGGUUGCAAGAAAUAAAUUUGUCGAAGCAGGCUGCCCAAUUAAGCUGCAGUGUGAAGUCUCAGAGCCAGCUGCUCAAGUGUGUUGGCACAAAGAUGGGGAGCAGAUGUUGCCAAUGAGUGAAUAUGAAAUCCACGCAAAUGAAAAACUGAGGGCGCUGGUUAUUAAAUCAUCAGAAGUCAGACACUCUGGGUUGUACAACUGUGAGAGCGCAGAUGAUCGUAUACAAUUCAAGGUGGAUGUUGCAGCUGUUCCAGAGGCUGAAAGGAGCAAAUCUGUUGAAGCAGACAGCCUGAUCAAACUGCACUGUGACGUCUCAGACCCCGCAGUCCAGACCUGUUGGUAUGAGGAUGGGAUGAAACUCUUGCCAGAGUCGAACAUUAAGGUUGAAUCAAAGGGGAAUAAGGGAACACUGGUCAUGGAGUCGGCCACGUCUUCAUACUCUGAACUGUGYGAUUGUAGAUCUGAUGAUGAGUUAGAGCUCAGCCAUUUCUGUGAGGCAGUGAAAGUGCCGCCGGUAACAUUUGCUGAUGUUUCAGAGAAGGACCUUUUUCACAGUGCUGUGGAACAAGAGCAGCUCGUUUUGUCAUGUAAAGUAUCAAGGGCUGAUGGUGCUGUCCAGUGGUACAGAGAUGGAACUGAAAUACAAUCAAAUAAUGAUAUCACAAUAGAAGCAAAAGGAGCUGAAAGAACUCUGACUAUACAUUCAGCCCAACUGUCAGACACAGGCACAUUCACGUGCCGCACAGGAGACAACAUUUUAAUCUUCAAAGUUAAUGUUAGAGAGCCUCCCGUCACGAUCGUCUACCCCAAAGAGGAUGUCCACCUCGACCGUCAUGUUCCUGAAGAAAUUAUUUUGAGCUGUGAACUGUCUCGUCCUAACGGUGUUGUCAGCUGGUUCAAAGAUGGCCAGAAGCUUCAAGAGUCUGAAAACAUYAAGCUGAAGCUGGAAGGCCCUUAUCGACGACUCAAGCUUCUUUCGGGUCGAGUCGAAGAUUCUGGAGAAUAUGUCUGUGAUACAAAGGAUGAUUCAAUAUUUUUUCACCUUAAUAUCACAGAACCUCCGGUGCAAAUUAUAUCCCCAAGUCAGUCACAAAUGGAACUGUGUCAGCAGACCUCUGAAAGAAUGGUGCUUAGCUGUGAGAUCUCACGGCCCAAUGCAGUGGUGCGGUGGUAUCGAGACGGACUCGAGGUGGAGGAGAAUGAYAAUCUUAUUCUAGAAGUAGAUGGGGUCUACAGAAGACUUAUCAUACCAGAAACAACUGUCAAAGACUCAGCAGAAUAUGUAUGUGACACAGGGGAUGAUUCUGUGACAUUUUUUGUGAACAUAGCAGAACCUCCUGUUCGCUUCAUACGCCCACGAAAGAUGGCGAGUAAUGUAGAGAAGGCAGUUGGGGAGACCCUGGUUUUAGACUGUGAGGUUUCACGAUCCAAUGCCGAAAUCACCUGGAAAAAAAAUGGGGAGGAAGUAGAGGACUCCAGAAACAUCACCAUCCUAGAGGACGGCAUCAUGCGACAAUUAACCAUUCACUCYUUAACAGUGCAGGACAGUGGCCAAUACGUUUGUGAUGCAAAAGAUGAUGUGAUGCAUUUCAAUGUGAAUGUGCAAGAUUUGCCUGUAAAAAUUCUUGGAAAAACCGAGGCAAAAACAGAAAGACAGUUUUUGGUGUCAGAUGAUAUUAUUUUAGUGUGCGAGCUUUCAAGAGCCAAUGCUUCAGUCAUCUGGUACAAAGAUAAUCAUCUUAUUGAUGACACUAAGAGAUACUGCCGCGAAGAGCAAGACGUCUUCCGAUCACUGGUUGUUCUAAAUGCGGRAAUCGAAGACUCCGGAGAGUAUACCUGUGAUGCAGUUGAUGAUAAGAUGGUCUUUAAUAUAACUGUCAGAGAGACUCCUGUGCAGAUCAUUGGAAACUCGGGCAAUCCAGAGCAUCAUGUUCUGGCUGCAGGAGAUGACCUUAUUCUGGAGUGUGAAGUGUCUCAGCCCAGUGCAACUGUUAAGUGGCUACGAAAUGGCGAGAAACUCAACACAGGCAAUCGGAUAAAAAUCGAUAGUUAUGAUGUGGUGAGGAAGCUUGUUCUCUCCGAACUUCAACCCUCAGACUCAGGAGAGUACGUUUGUGACGCCAUUGAUGACAAGUUGAUAACGAUUGUGAAAGUGGAAGACACGCCAGCCAAGUUUGUUAAUAAAAAUGUUAAAAAUAACAUCUCAGCCUAUGAAAACGAGAGCGUCACAUUGUGUGCCAUGGUGAGCCACGAACGAGCUAAUGUUCGGUGGCUGAAAGAUGGCCAGCUUUUGAAUAAGGACAACAUUCAUAUUUCCAGUGAUGGUAAAACUCAUAAGCUCACCAUUAAUCCUCUGCAGCUGUUAGAUUCUGGAGACUAUGUCUGUGACAUUAGCACUGACGAAAUGUUUUUCAGUCUUACAGUCAAAGAAAUGAAAGCAAAAUUCAUCAGACAGCUGGAGAAUGUGGUGUCUCAGAGGGGUAAAAGUCUUACAUUACAAUGUGAAAUCAACAAGUCCAAAGGAGAUGUUCAGUGGCUUAAAGAUGGCAAGGAGAUAGCUCCAGGUCGCCGGUACACAAUACGGGCACAAGGUAGAGAGCGAAGUCUGACCAUUCACCAACUCAUGGAUGAAGAUGUAGGGGAAUAUACCUGUGAAUCCACUGGUGAUCGGACCACUGCCACUGUCUCUGUAGAAACUCCUCGUGUUGUCGAGUUCAUWGCGGAGCUUCGUAAUAUCACUGUCCGCGAAGGGGAAGAUGCCGUGUUUAAGUGCGUCGUUUCACCAGCRGACGUUAAACUGGUUUGGCGUUUGAAUGGCAAGCAGGUCGCUCUGAAGGAGCGCGCUGUCCUUUCCAGCCACGGCCUGUGCCAUAUGCUCGCCAUCAACAACUGCAUGGUCUCAGAUAGCGGCAGAGUGACAGCUGAAGCUGAGGGGUCAGUUUCAGAGGCAGAACUUCAGGUUCAAGAGCAACAGGUGCUGUUCACCAAGAAAAUGGCACCAGUUGUAGCUGAGGAGUACAGUGAGGCAACUCUGGAGGUGGUGGUGAGUCGGGAUGCUGGAGAGGUGCAGUGGAUGAGACAAGGGGUUCUGAUCCACCCUGGUGCCAAGUACACCCUGAAACACAAGGGCCAAAAACACAGUCUUACCAUCCACACCCUGGCGGUGUCGGACCGUGGAACCUACAGCUGCGAAACCCUCCACGACCGCACGCAAGCACAUCUCACAGUGGAGCCUCGAAAAAUCACCAUCAAGAGAGGUCUAACAGACAUUAAAACCACCGAGAGAGAAACAGCUUCCUUUGAAGUAGAGCUCUCCCAUUCUAAUGUCCCAGGCACAUGGAUUAGAAACGGAAUCCAGCUUAAGCCAACGAAUCACUUCCGUAUGAGCGCCAAAGGACAAGUUCACAGCCUCACCGUCUCUAACCUAUCAGUAGAAGACACUGGAACCUUUGUUUUCUGUGUAGAGAAUCUGAAAACAUCUGCAAGGCUUGUUGUGAAGGAGCCCCCGGUGACUAUUUUUAGGAAACUGGGAAACCAGAAAGUUCCAGAUGGUUCGGUGAUCUCUCUUGAGUGUGAACUGUCAAGACACAAUGUUGAUGUUAAAUGGAUGAAGAAUGGAGAAGAGCAGAAGCCGAGCAAAGACCUGCGUAUUUAUGCAAUGGGAAGAAAACGGUUUCUUCAGAUCAUGAAAUGUCACGUGACUGAUUCCGGUGUGUACGCUUGUGACGCCGGAGAUGUCACUACAUCCUGCACAGUGGAGGUUUAUGAGCGUAAGCUGUCGGUCCUUCAGGGCCUUGGCGAUCUGGACAUCCAGGAGGAUCAGAAUGCUGUGUUUGUUUGUGAGAUCUCUGUGGAGGACGUGCCUGGAGAAUGGUACAAGAAUGGAGAACGGAUAAAACCCACAAGUACAAUCAAGAUCCGUCAGGAAGGGACAAAACAUUUUCUUCUCAUGUGCAACGUGCGAGCAGAAGAUUCUGGAGAGAUCAAGUUUAUCGCCAGAAAUGUUGAAUCUGUUGCUUACCUGGAUGUGGAAGAGCUGCCGGUCAACAUAGUAAAGCCUCUUCAGGAUAAGGUUGCCCUGGAGAAGAGCCGUGUCUUGCUGGACUGCACAGUGUCCAACCCCAGAUGUAGCAUCCGCUGGUACAAAGGCUGCAACGUCAUCUUGCCCUCAGAACGCUUCGAGAUCUGCAGCGAGGGCUGUUACCGCAAACUCAUCAUCCAGCAGGUGGCGCUGGAGGAUGAGGGGAUGUACAGUGUGCAGGUUGGAGAGUACUCCUGCUCUGCUAAACUGACAGUAGAGGCCCAGUCCGUGUUGAUGGUCCGGGAGCUGGAAGAUGUGGAGGUUGUGGCCCCUGACCAGGCCUCCUUUGAAUGUGAAGUCUCAGACCCAGUCGUCAGAUCUCCUUUGUGGAGUCUGAACGGGGGUCCCCUGCAGUCGGGUCCCCAGGUACGACUGGAGAAGAUGGGCACGGUCCACAGGCUGACCCUCAGGCACACCAACCCGGACAUGAGCGGGGUGGUGGAGUUCUCAUCCGGGAAAGCAAAAAGUCAAGCUCAGCUUCGAGUAAUGAGUAAUCCCUGAAGGAGGUCUCUGAUCUGACGUUUCCUCACUGACAAGAAUUAUUAAUCUGUUGUUUUUAAGUUGCAGCUCUGAUGUGAAUUAUUUAUUUAAAUAGUGUGUAUAAAUAUGGUUGGGACAGAGUGUCUUGCAGUGAAUGCAGUUGUUUCAUGACUAUUAUUGUAGCAUGUUAGCCUUAAUUUUAAUGGUUCUGUUCAGUGUCAGUGUAAAUAAUGUCCUGGAUUAAAGUUUUGAUUUGACUAUAACUGAGUUACCAAAGCUUAUUCAUUGUAAGUAUAUGUUUGUGUUAAUAAACAAAUCAUUAAGAGAC